UGUCCCCUAUGUUUGCCGCUGUGGCUCUCGUGGUUGUGGUUGAUUGUUGGUGUGUUCUCCAAUUACGUCAUUGGUGAACAGGAGGCACCGGCACCUCCGGCACCACACCAUCACCUUCAACAGCAAAUCCAGCAGCAACUUCUCGCUACCCACGCCUUUAUGGCGACGAAUCCGUACCUGACCGGUAUGCCGCAGGUUGGCAACACGUACAGUCCGUAUUUCGCGCCCAGCCCGAUCAUGCCCACGAUCAUGGGUCCGGCGGACCCCACUGGAGUCGGAAGCCCGUUGGGCGUGGUGCCGCAGACGGUGGCGAUGCCGCAGAAGAUGCCACGUACCGACCGCCUCGAGGUAUGUCUACCACCAAACUACAUUCAACAACAACAACAACAACAGCAACAACAACAACAGCAUGGGGCCCAACACGGCGCAGCCGGGGCCUCAAGGUGCCCGAUGGCCGCGCCCAAUACCGUGUAUCAAGUGCCGGCCGGUCCCCCCAAUCAGGUGUCGCCCGUUUCCACGAUGCAGUCUGUCAAUCAUCCACCAUCCCCGACCACGAUCACCACCACCUCCUUCUGCACCCCGUUACACAAUCCCCAUGCUCACCAUCACCCGAUCCACAACUUGAUCUACGUCCACGCAUACUACUGAAGACGAUCAAAUUCGUCUCGCGACAUUCUCUUCUUUUCCCUAUCUUUCUCUUCCUUCUUUAGAGGAAUUCUCGAUUCGAUUCAUUACCCUUUUGUACCGGUGUCUGCGUAUCGUUGUAAGACGUUUUUCAUUUCGAGGAUUUUAAUUUCGAUUUGUACCCGGGUGAUACGAACGUCGUGACGAGUUGUACCGGUUUAAUUUCAAGUGUGUCUGAGUUUAUUUUCAUUCGUGUUCAGGACCACGAGACCGCUUAGUGUUCCUUUUAGAUAACGCGCAAAAUUCGAGUUCGUUCGGGAGCAGGUCAGCCCGAGCUGGAUCGAGAUUUUCGAACAGAGAGACAAGAACCUAGGUUGGAAAUCGAAAAUCUGGCUGACUCCCGGUUAAACUAUAAGUCGUAAAAGCAUAGAUGCAAGUUCGUUCGAUUAUUCCACUGAGAAGUGUUACAUACAUAUUUAUAUACACGUACUCGAUAAACGAUAAAAAAUAUAAUUGCGUGUACGAUAUAAAACAUAAAUUUCAAAAAAAAAAAGAAAUGAAAUGGAACAAGUAAAUCGCAAAGCAUCGAAGCUUCGUUCCCCGUUCGUUCUGGAUGGACAAGCGAUGUAACAUAUUUUCCGAUUCCGUACAAUCAGUUUCGAGUUCUCGAAUGCUUAACGAUAUCGCAGCAGAUGAUCCGUGCGGGAGUGCAGCGUGUCGAUGAUUUCACGGAUCGCUUGUGACCGAGCGAACUGGGGCGGAACGAAGCUCAUUAAUGACGAAACGGAAACGAAACGGCGAGCCACGUUCACAGUAAAGAACGGCUCUCCCGAGUGAGAAUCUAUAGGCCAUUCGACGACGAACGCGUGGCAUCUACGAUUUCUAUGUACUCUUAUUUAAUAAUCACUUACGGUUAUCGUUAGCACUACGCGUAUAUGGUGUACGAGAACUUUAAUUAAGGGAUUGCGUCGCACAAUGACAAAGUCCGAGACAACGUUCGUGAGAACCGACUAAUUCUUUUCUCUAUUUUCUUUUCUUUGUGUGUAGAGAUUGUACGUUGAGUAAGGUUCAUUCGAGACACGUAUUCUGUGAGAAGAAUAAAAUCGUGAUUGUGAUUAUGAUUAUUAGUAAGAUACUAACAUGAGAUGUGCAAUGACCUCUGAUAAUUAUUUUAUUAAAUUAAAAUCUUUUAUAUAUAUAAAUAAUAUAUGAAAAUGAAGCAGAAGAAAAUUUAUAUACAAUAAGGUUUCAUUAUUUGUAAAGAUAGGGAAUUACGUGAUAAAUUAAGAACUAGAAUAUUCGUAUCCUCGCAACGACUGGUACUGUUCUCUAAUUAAAGAUUAAUCUAUCCGAAUCAAGCGUGGCACUUGAAAUUCUCACCUUUUCCCGUUUCUCAAACACGCGGAUUUAAUUAAAAUCUAAGAACUGGCUGGCUGCUCAACGCAAAGAACAUUCUAUCCCGAGCAUAACAUUUCUUGAGCGUGUACGCACACGCACGCGGCCGAGUUUUGAACGAAAGUUGGUUCGUCUGUCGGGCGUAAGUUUUAUAAUAUUCGAGUUUACAGAUUUCCCCGGAGCCUGUAUCGUUUCUUUCGCCCUGCGGCUUUCGCGGAAUUAACAAGUUUCGCGCGGCAGUUUCCGUAGCGAAAAUGAAUAAAGUCGAGGGGGGGGGGGGGGGGGGGUAGGUAGAGAAGCGGGCGAGAAUAGUGGUCACGGAUCGACGCGCAAAACUCGCGAAUCGCUUGCGAAACGUAGCUUCCCUUUCCGUUUCUCUUUUUUGGAACAAGAAACGGCUUUUUGUAGAGAGCGAAUUUAAUACGUUUUCCGUGUAGACGAUCGAUAACGAGAACUACGAUCACGCGAUUGGACAGCUACAGGAAUUUUCGAUGUUCUUUCGUUCCUCUGGGUUUUAUGUAGGACGAAGUGCCCCGAGUGGAAAUACAUCUUACUAUAAUUUAUCAUCUGUACAUAAAUUCAACAAAUAUUUCCGUUUGUUAUGAAUUGAAAGUGUCUGACUGGAUUUGAUCUCUAGUUAUAAAUAGAAAUGUACGGGAUGCUUCGCACUUAGAUAUUUGAUACAGUAAUCUGUCGACGAGGCGAAUCUAUUAAAGCUUCCUGGUGACUAUACAGUAUCUAUUACCGACGAGGUACGGGAAGAACGAAGACAAUGCUUAAUAAAGAGAAAAUUAAUCGAGAGAACGAUGUCGCGAGAGUGGAACGAAACUUACGCGAGGAGAACAGCGUCCUCUGAAAGCGAAGCUAAGUGAUUUAUUGCUCCCAAUUGCAACGUGUUUCAUACAUAGUAUCGACAAAUUCGAACGAGAGGACUAUCUAUAAUGAAAAAUUAUGACUGCUCGAACAAUUAAACGCUGCAAAUAAUUGGCCGUUCUUUUGUUUCGUGAAACUCCACCUUUUUAUGGAGCGAAUAAUUGAAAGCUUUAAGGGUAACGAGAAAAUGCUUGUUCUUACGUUCUCGUUCGAGAAUUAUCAUUCGGUCAUUGCACAUUUACACGAGGCACACUUUUAAGCAGCGUUUUAAAGAAUCUAUAUCUACACUUGUGUACGUAUACAGAGAUAGGUUUGCACUCGACUAUUCAACCGUGCAUACGUACAUAGUUAACACGUGUACAUAGUAGGUAGGUUAACAAAUUAACUCGAAUCAACUGUAUUUCGUAUCGAGAAAAACGAGAGCUAAGGACGAAGGAUACCUAAAUUCGUUGAGUUUCAAUUGUUCGUUUCGUGGUUCGUCGAUCGAAGUGAUUAAAUAUUUUAUCGAGUUCCUAAUGAAUUUUCCAGCCUGGGACUUAAAUAUGUACCCUUUCGUUUCGCGUACAUAGUCGAGGUUUUUUACUGAAUAUGAUGAAAUUAAUAUUUUCUUUUAUAAAUUAUAAUUUAAAAAUUCCUUGUACCCUCCGAAAUUGUUCCUUAUCUACGUAGACACGUUUUAGAUUUCUGUAUUGUCCUCUCUUUCUCUCUCUCUCUCUCUCUCCCCUCGUCUAAAAUAAUAAUGUUAGGACUUUACGAUUAAGUACGAACAAAAAAGGAAAAAAAGAGUACAGAAAAAAAAUAUAUCAAAUUAUUAUACAAUGUAAUGUCGUUAAUUAAACUAUUGCAAAUAGAAUUCGGAACUAUUAUCGAUUUAACAGCUAAUAACAAUUGGUCUCUAACGGUAAUGAUUAUAAUUAUUAUAAUAUUUGGUAACACGUACGAUAAUGAUGAUAAUUAAUAUAUCAUAAACGAUACACCUAUUUGUGAUGUAACACUCGAUGACUUGCACUAAAAGUUCGGGUCAGCAAUGAAAUUUAUUGACGAUGAAUUCAAUAAAAGAAAUAUAAUUGAAAUUGAAAAAAACAA